UAGUGUUAAACACAGAGCUUGGGUGUGGCCAUGCACCUGAGAUCAUCUGCUUCAUCGCUCCACCUUCCUCCAUGAUCAGGUGUAACUGCAGCCGUGCUGACCCUGGGGAUCACACUGGGUUGUAGAGCCUCCGUUACAGCACUGAGACGCUGAUUGGCUGAUCACAUCAUGAGCAGGUGUGUUUGUGUGUUGGAGAUGUGAUGAAACAGCGCCAUCUGUCGGGAUUACGGUGGCACUGCAGGAAGCAUUUAAGCUGUGUGUUGAGGCGGCGCCCUUUACUGCAGGGUGGGACAGCGACACACACACACACACACACACACACACACACACACAGCACCGCUGUGGAACGCCGAUCAGACACACAUCAGUGGUGUGUGAGACGAGGAUCUAAGAAUGCUCAGCAGCUGGUGGGUGAAUUAAAGAUGAGUGUGACAUCAUGGUUUUUGGUGAGCAGCUCCGGCACUCGUCACCGAUUGCCGCGGGAGAUGAUCUUCGUAGGUCGUGAGGACUGUGAGCUUAUGCUGCAGUCCCGCAGUGUUGAUAAACAGCAUGCUGUGAUUAACUACAAUGCUGCUACUGAUGAGCACUUGGUGAAAGAUCUGGGCAGUUUAAAUGGGACCUUUGUGAAUGACCUGAGGAUUCCUGAUCAGACAUACAUAACACUCAAACUGUCUGACAUCGUUCGCUUCGGAUAUGAUUCCCAUGUGUACGUUCUGGAGCGAAGUCAACAUCGAGUGCCAGAGGAAGCUCUGAAGCAUGAGAAAUACACCAGCCAGCUGCAGAUGGAUUUAAAAUCCUCUGAGUUGAAAAAGAAAGAACUGCAGGAUGACAAGACGAAGACAGACAGGUCUGAACGCAAGAGUCUCACAGAAACCUCUGUGUGUCGCCCCACUCCUCUAUACGGUCAGCCCUCAUGGUGGGGAGAGGAUGAUACAGCUAGUAAAGAUUUCAUUAAUGAAGGACAUAAAACAGAUGAUAGUCGAACAGAAGUCCUGAAGGAAGCAGAAGUGAAUGGCUGCCUUCAGGAAUUUCAUGAGAUCCAGAGCAAGUCUACAUUCCUGUACCACAGAGAACCGAGUUAUUUUGAAAUUCCCACCAAGGAGAUUCAAACUCACUCCACAUUUGCAGAAAUGGAGCUGAAUGACAUUCCCACUAAGGACACAGACAGCUUACCGAAAUCCACUCCGCCUGUUUAUCAGAGCCAUGCCUCAUUCACCAUUGAGUUUGAUGAAUGCACACCAGGAAAGAUUAAAAUCAAAGACCAUGUGACCAAAUUCUCAUCUCGCCAGCGCAGUAAACCAUCGAGUGCGAAAGUGUCCAGUGCUGCACCUACAGAGGUCCAGUCUCCAGAGAGCAAGGUUGCUGAUUGGCUGGUUCAGAGUGAUGUAGGCAUGAUGUCAUCAAGGCGACCUACCAGCGAUGAUGUCUACAGCACUAAGAGUGACCUCGCAAUGCACAUCAGGACACUGAAAGGCCACCAUCAUGAAGAUGGCACACAGAGUGAUUCUGAAGAUCCUGUAAUAAAUGGAAAGAGGAGUAAAUCUCAACACUCAGUCCAAUCAGAGGAAGCAAAUGUGUCAAAAAAAUUAGAACCAUCUGAUGCUUAUAAACCUCAAUUACUAUCGAAAAACAUUCAUGACUUCUCCAGUGUUCCUGAAGGAACCGGACUAGAGGAACCUUCACCUCCAACUCAAAGUCAGGUGAAAUGUGGGCAUCAGGAACCACUGAGCCAGCAGGCAUUUAUUAUUGAAUUUUUUGAUGAUAAUCCACGCAAGAAACGUUCCCAGUCUUUUACCCACAAUCCUGCACACAGUGAUAACUAUUCAGCCCUCAAAGCGAAACUGGAAAAGCGGAAAGGAGCUGAAAGGCCUGCAUCUGUUCAUGGUAAUAUUCCUCCCACACAACAGAUCACGGUUCCUCUGAAGGGCUUAAGUCACGGAGUUCAUCAAAGAUCAAGUUCACUAAAGAGAGAGAAAACGGAGGACACAAUGAGUAAGGGUGGCAUGUCCCCUUCAUCUUCCUGUUCUAUCACUUCCUCUUCAUCUCGCUCUUCUCCAGCAAUCACCAUUAAACCUUUUGGCAGCAUCGGAAAGAAAUCCAAACUUGCUCAAGAAUUUGUUAACGAGUUUCUUAAUGAAUCCUCACCACCGAUGUCAGCACCACCGGUGAUGAUGUCACCAUCACACACCCAUCUUCCAUCUCCAGAGAACAAACGCGUAUUUGCCCCCUCCUCUAUAUCUUAUCCGGCAUCUCCAUUAGAGACACACACACACAGUCUGCCCCAAAUGCCCCUUCCUGCUUCUUCUCCUAUUUCUGUGCCCUCUCUCCCUCCAUCUGGGGGUCUAGAUUCCAGUGUUUCAGAUAUACCUCCAUUUACACCUGUACUGAGCACUGGGGCAGAUUUUAAAGCCCUAAGAACACACCCUAAAGGCUCUGCGGCAAUCCGUACAGAGGACGAGGACAGUUUGAGUGAUGCUGGAACUUACACUAUUGAGACUGAGUCUCAGGAUAAAGAUGUGGAAGAAGCUCGCAGUAUGAUCGAUCAGGUGUUUGGAGUGCUGGAUGCUCCUGAGUACAGUGGGGUUUACAGGCCGGUCAUCAACGAGCAAGAUCAAUUAAACCAAACCCACUCUGAACUCAUGCACACAUCAGCUGAAGAGCUCAAUUCCAGCAUCAGUGCAGAUCCAGAAAGCUUCCUGGAGGGACAUUCUGACCCAUGUGAACCUAAGUGGGUGUCUCGGUGGGCGAGUUUAGCAGAUCCUUGUAGUGACUCUGUAAGUAAAGCAGCAUCCUUAGGAAGUAGACAUCAAGGAACUGAUUCAAACAGAGAUGUCAAAGCUGCACUGAGCCAAAGUGUGGAUCAGUCAGAAUCAGAGUGUACUCAGAGCUCAAAAACCAGACGUCUUCUUCCUCAGGUUCCUUCUGCAGGAGAAAAGCAGGAAAGUAACAUUCCCUGUAUCGUGAUCCAGACUAAGCCAAGUGUGGAGUUCGAUCCAUCUGAAAAUGUUUCUAGGACAUCACAGCCAGAUCCCACUCAGAGGUUAAAGGUUCAGGAAGAUGUGGAUCAUGAUACCCUGAGUGAUACCAGCCAUUCUGAUGAUAGCUCAAUCCUGGACAGGAGCUCAAAGAGUCAAGAGCAAUACAGAAUGUCAGCAUCAUUAGUAUCUGAAAGCAUCCAGCCAAAGUCCACUUCUUUCUACAUCGGCUCUGAGGAAGGCUUCUACAGAUCUGAUGCUGCCCGAAGUCCGGUUCUUACUCAGACCGAGCGGGCGCCUUCUCCCAAAAUGCCUCCAACCACCGUCCUGAUACGACACCUGAGUAACCAGGAGUACAAGCGCUCAGUGAAGCCAAACUCAUCAGCACCAAAUCUCCAAAUCCAUAACAAAGAUUCUGUUCCCUCCAAAGAACCUCCAUCAUCCUCUUUCGUUCGCCAGGAGAGUUUCACCAAAGAUAGACCAAGUGACAACAUCCAGGUUAAAAGGUUACCUCAAAUUUCUAGUCAUCCCACUCUACAGGAAUUAGGUGCCCUAGGAAGUGAGCGAGAAGCUUUAUCAAAAGAAAACAAGCAGUCCAUGUCUUCUCAAAGGCAGAAAGAGGGAGGUUCUGCUGAACAGGCUGAGGAUUCUUUUUCUGGAGAAUCAGAUGUGGACACGGCGAGCACUGUGAGCUUAGUUAGCAGCAAAAAUGUGCCUAUUAGCACAGUUAAGAAGCGUACGUCUUCAAGUGCCCGUAAGGAUAAAUCAUCUAAAACCAGACAGCCAACAGCUCGGGAGCAACUUUCAGAAAAACGCCGUAAUAAUACAAUUACGGAGACUAGUGCUGCUAAAUCUGAAUCCACACGUUGUCUGCAUUUACGCCGCAGCACCGGAAACAGUGGUUCAUUAGAUUUUUCUGACAAUCAGAUUCACAGCCAAACGGAAACCACGUCUUCUGAUCACGAAUCAACAUCACGACCUUCUAAUCGCAAGAAACUCUCAGCGUCUCGGCAAAACCAAGACUCAAACAAAUCCAGUAAAGCGGCCCACCAGGUUCUCACUCGGUCCAAUAGUCUCUCAGCUCCCAGACCGACGCGGGCCUCCAUGCUGCGCCGCGCCCGACUCGGAGAAACAUCCGAUAAUGAAGGUGUGGAAGCAGAUCGUGCGUCUCAGGGUUCGCAAAACACAUUGUCCUCUGGAGACAGUAAAAAGCUCUCGAGAUUGGACAUUUUAGCGAUGCCACGUAAACGCACAGGAUCUUUCACCACUCCCAGUGAUAACGAGUCACUGAAUAAGCAAACACAGAGUCGUGCUUCUGACUCGAACGCUAACGGGAGAAGAAUGUCCACAAGUGAAACAAAACCAACCAAAAUUUCUCCAACAGCAGACAAACAUCUGUCCAGUCGCACACACAGUAAUCAGACUAAACACUCCGGCACAGGCAGUUCUCGUCAGAGACAGAAAGGUUCUGAUUAUUCCUCAACGUCAGAGGAAGAGCAUGAUAUCAGCUCUAAAACUAAAUGUUUUCUCACUUCAGCUUCAACUCAGACACAAACUCCACAGAGACUCAUUCCCACACGGUUGGACAUAGAAGACGAUGACGCCCAAAACGAGCACUACCAGAACUGGACCAAUCACAGCGCAGAGAUUGCCAGACUGAGUCAGGACUUGGCCAAAGAUCUUGCUAUUCUCGCACGUGAAAUCCAUGAUGUAGCUGGAGAUGCUGACACACACACACCUGCAGCGACGGGGUACAGCACUCCACCAGGCUCCACCCCACACACACCUGCAUCCACUAUUUCUGCCCGAGAGGAGUUGGUUCAUCACAUCCCAGAUGCCAGUCUGAGUUAUCAAAAGGUUCCUGCAGGUUCCCCGAGUCCCGUGGAUCAGGACAGUGAUGGAGCCAAACGACGCCCCUGGAACAGAGAAGAGGUGAUUCUGGACAAUCUGAUGCUGAACCCCGUGUCACAGCUGUCACAGGCCAUCAGAGAGAACACAGAACAGCUCACGGAGAAAAUGAAGUCUUUAUUCCACAACACCACAGACGUGUGGGAGGAGAUCGAAGCAAAAAUCAAUGCUGAAGAUGAAGUACCUAUAAUUAAAACUUCCAACAAAGAAAUCUCGUCCAUCCUGCAGGAGCUGAGGCGAGCCCAGAGACAGCUGGAAGUGAUAAAUUCAAUUGUGGAACCUGGAGGUGGUGUGAAGAUAUCAGCGCCACCUGCAGCAGAAAAAAAGAAAUCUUCAUCUGCAAAAUCCAAGCGAGGUGGAAAAUAAGACACGUGAGGAACUGCAGAAAAAAGUGACGAACACGACUGUGCUGAACAAUAAUGCUGUAUUAAAUAUUAACCUGCUGCUUGCUUAGAGAGGUGUGUGUGUGUGUGUGUGUGUGUGUGUGUGUGUGUGUGUGUGUGUGUGUGUGUGUGUGUGUGUGUGUGUGUGUGUUUAUAAUGUAACCUGGUCUACUACUCACUCAUAACUGGGUAUUCAUCUGUGUGUCAGCAGCAGGAGAUAAUUAAGCAGCUGCACUUUUGACUUUUUAUUUCUCUAAAUCCAAAAUUAAUUUAAAUGGGUUUUUAUAGUUGAGGCUUUGUUUACUUUCCAACAGAGAAAGAUAAAUAUGUUUAAUACAAGUCUGUAUAUCAGGGGCGUUAACUGGGAGACUCAGAAACAGCUAAACAAACUAACAAACUAUUUCUUUUCUGUUACAACCGAUUUAAUUAUUAAAUAUUAGCUUCAGAUCAGCAAGAAUUCCCAGCUGUAAAAUUAGGGAUGUUUCGUUGUUCUCUUGUUACACAGAAACACUCAGUGAUGAUUUCUCUGCUGUAUCACAGCAUCAGGUUGGUGUCCUUUAUCCUGUGCUGUGUAACUCGGGUAACAUCCUGUGAUGAAGCACGCUGGUGCUCAAACCUAUAACCCUGAAAAGCCAACAGACUUCUGGGAGAAUUUAUCCAUCAAACAGAUACAGAUACAGAUACAGAAGCUACAGAAGCUACAGACGACUCCUAAUUAACUCAUUUAAUUUUAUUUCUGUACAGAGUUGUUAAACAGGACCAGAAAAGUGGAGACUUUCUGACAGCACGGAUCUCUGUGUGAAAGCUUCCUGGGUUUGUCUUUAAACUGCUGGAGGAAAAGUGACAGAAAUGUCACAGUGAUGAAAUUAUUGGUUUAGGUUUGAAGCAAAUUGUCAUUAUGACUCUGCAUUAUAACUGCAUUCACACACACACACGGGCACGCGCACACACAAGCGCUCGCACACACACACACGGGCACGCACACAGGCGCGCACACGCACACACACGCGCGCGCACACACACGCG